AUGGCAUCCCGCCCGCCCAACUUUCUCCGCCAUCUCCGCCCUCAUGCUGCUCGCAGUAAACCGCAUGCAUCACGCACCUUUUCCACCCCUCCACAACCAAAGACGUCGCAAGUGAAUAUCAAUGAAUCUCGUUCUCGCCUACGACGUUUCAAUGACCGCCUCCCCCGCUUUCUCCGCGCAUAUACCACACCAUUAUUCGGAGCACCGGUCACUCACAUCACAUCGUUUAUAAUACUCCACGAGAUCACUGCUAUACUUCCACUGUUUGGACUGGUCGGCGUAUUCCAUUACGGUGCUUGGAUGCCGAAUUUUGCGUCUGAAACGGGCGAAUCGAAUGCUUUUGACGAGGGAGCUGCGCGCUUUGGUCGUUGGUUGAAGAAGAAAGGAUGGGUAGACGAGGCGGAUGUAAAUACUGCUGCAAAACACGAGGCGACUGGAGAGAACGGGGUGGAACGGGCAGGUGUGCGAUUAGUGCUGGAAUUCGCGACAGCUUAUGCAAUUACGAAGGCUCUGCUGCCAGCUCGAUUGGCGGCGAGUGUAUGGGCGACGCCAUGGUUUGCAAGAACGGUGUUUACACCAACGGCGAACCUUGCUCGACGGUUGUUCAGGAGAGGCUAG